CGAACAUAGUUUAACUAUCGACGGCAGUGCAGCGGCCGGUAUUGACAUACACAAAACCAUUAGUAAUACCGCAUCGUUUUCACAUAACCUAAAGAAACCAUAUUUAAAUGAAGUUUUAAGUUAUCAAUUCCCAUUUGGGUCACGUCUUAUCACAAAUAAAAUAUAACAUUUAAGAUAUAUUUUAUUUAAUGCUAUCCACGUCUUUUUAAUUUUGUGUGUUCUUUAAAUAUCAAAUUCAACUCAAGAUAUCAUUUCAAUAAUUUAACUAUUUUUAAAAAAACCUUAUAAAACUUAUUUUCUAGAAUAUUUGUCAAGCAUUUACCAGCGAACUUCCAUGUCAGUUGGAUGGCUCGAUAAAGCCUUGCUUUAGAAAAUAUUUGUUGAGCUCGGAUUAAUUUUUUUUCUGAUAAAAAGAAUAUUUUUUUAUCAAGUUCAAAACCGGAAGCGCGUGUGUAUUUGAUAUAAAAUAUAAGUAAACGGAAAAUUCACUGCAAUGAAUGGAGUUGAAAAGUGCACAAAUAUUUGAGUUAUUCGUUUAAAUAUUUAUUUCAAUUCAAUUUUAUCGAAAAAUAUUGUUUGAAGUUAAGAAAAAAGAUUUACAAUGCAAAUUACGUCGGUUGCGUUUUUGGUGUUGUUUUUGCUGGCAACAAUUUUUGGUAAUCUCUCUGCAGUUAGUGAUUGUCCCAAUCGGUGUUCGUGUUUUCAGAGAACUGUGCGAUGCGUUCGGUUACAGCUUCGCGAAAUUCCAAAUAUCCCAUAUGAUACUGCUAUUUUAGAUCUACGUUACAAUCGCCUCGAAGAACUACCAUCUAAUGUUUUUGCCGGCUUAAGUCAAGUUCAUACAAUUUUCCUAAGUGAAAAUGAAAUUGGUUUCAUUAAAGACGACUCCUUGUCCGGAUUGGUGGCUCUUAAAUAUUUAUAUCUUAACAAUAAUCGUAUCGGUCAAAUUGCACCUGGUUCAUUCAAGGGUUUGGACUUUUUGGAAGGCUUAUUUUUGGAGAACAAUGAUAUUUGGGAACUGGAGCCAUCGACAUUUGAUGAUCUAUCAAGGCUUACCAGAUUGUUCCUUUUUGGCAAUAAAAUUACAACUAUGCCAGUUGGUUUAUUUGAUAAUUUAGUGAGUUUGAAACGUUUGCGCUUGGACAAUAAUCCGAUAAAUUGUGACUGUGGAGUUGGCUCGUUGGUUAAUCUACAAUUGGAUACAAAAGGCCAAAUGUCAAUAUCACUAACUUGUGAAGCUCCAGAAAGACUUCACAAAAAGUCCUUUUUAGAAUUGCAUGAACAGGAUUUUCACUGCUCAAAACCUCAAAUGAUUGAAGAACCCCACGAUAUGCAAACCUAUUCAGGGCAAACAGUCGAAUUACCUUGCACAGUAAUCGGUGAUCCAGAACCCGAAGUCAUAUGGAUGCAUAAUACCAACGAAAUCUCCAACGGAUACUCUCCCCGAAUGGAAAUUCUAGACUCGGGAAAUCUGCAAAUCAGAUCGAUUGAUAACAAUGAUGUUGGAAUCUACGAGUGCAUCGGACGAAAUGACUAUGGCGAGACAAAAUCUCAACCAAUAAGAAUGACUGUUCGACAUAAUGAUGUUCGUCAAGAGCCACCUCAGUUUAUCGAGCAGCCAAAAGACAUGAUUGUUGGAUUCGAUGAUUUUGCAGUAUUGGAUUGUAGUGCUUCUGGUUUACCAGCACCGGAAAUACAAUGGUACUUCAAUGGCCGUCAAGUGUCACAUUCAACACAAACUACGAGAAUUCUUUCGAACGGCAGCUUGGAAAUAUUCGAAGCUAAUUUAUUGUCGUCAGGAACUUAUAAGUGUGUAGCUAGCAAUGCCUUUGGAAGUGUCCAAGCAAAGGCUAGGGUCGAAGUUAAAGAACUGCCUGUAUUUAUAUUGGCUCCACAAAGUAAGGCAAUCAAAAUGGGACAAAGCAUCGAGCUGGAGUGUGACGCUGAAGGAAACCCACUUCCAGCUAUUUCAUGGAAGUUCAAUGGCACAGCCAUAAGCUCGGAUAAUCGAAUCACUUUGGAUAAUGAAAAUACUGAAUUAACUAUUAAGGAUGCUAAAGAUUCAGACUCGGGCACUUACACCUGCAUCGCAAAAAAUGAAAACGGUCAAUCGAAAUCAGAAGCUGUGAUUUUUGUAGAAAGUGAUCAUAGUCCACCAAGUCUUCUCUUUAGCCCUUAUGAUUUAGAAGCUUAUUCUGGGACAACAAUUGAGCUGCCAUGUAAAGGGGAUGAUGAAUUUGUUAAGAUACGAUGGCAAAAAGAUGGACGUGAAGUAUUUAAUAAUGAACGUUUUCAAAUAAGUACUUCCGGCAGUUUGUACAUUAAAAAUGCAACACUUUCUGACACAGGACGUUACGAAUGUUCAAUUAAGAAUGAACACGGUCGUGCAACAGCGUCAGGCUUAGUAACAAUAAAGAGCAACGAUCUUCUUGCCCCUGGUGAUAAAUUCGUUCGAGUUGCCUUUGCAGAAGCUGCUAGAGAAAUUGAUCUUUCCAUUAACAAUACCAUCGAAUCUUUAUUCACCGAUCGCAAGCCAAGUAAUCCCCUGCAUCACGGUGAUCUUCUAAGGCUCUUCCGUUUUCCCCGCGGUGAAGCUAGACAACUUGCUCGUGCAGCUGAAAUAUACGAACGUACUUUGGUCAAUAUUCGAAAACAUGUCCAGCAAGGUCACAAUCUCUCCAUUGCCAGUAGCCAAUAUGAAUUCAAAGAUCUUCUCUCACGGGAGCAUUUACGUUUGGUAGCUGAGCUCUCCGGUUGCAUGGAGCACCGUGAAAUGCCAAACUGUACAGACAUGUGUUAUCAUUCCAAGUAUCGGAGUAUCGAUGGUACAUGUAACAAUCUCAACAAUCCGACAUGGGGUGCUUCGUUGACAGCUUUCAGGCGAAUCGAAAAACCUAUUUACGAGAACGGUUUCAGCAUGCCCAUUGGAUGGACUAAGGGAAAAUUAUACUCAGGCUUCGAAAAGCCCAUUGCUCGAUUGGUUUCUACGACUUUAAUCUCAACCAAGGAGAUAACUCCAGAUGAACGGAUAACGCACAUGGUCAUGCAAUGGGGUCAGUUUGUAGAUCAUGAUUUGGAUCACGCCAUUCCAUCGGUGAGCUCCGAAAGUUGGGAUGGAAUAGACUGCAAGAAAACCUGUGAAUUUGCUCCUCCCUGCUAUCCCAUGGAAGUUCCACCCAAUGAUCCACGUGUGAAGAACAGGAGAUGCAUAGAUCUAAUUCGGUCUAGUGCAAUUUGCGGUUCAGGAAUGACAUCGGUGUUCUUCGAUGCAAUUCAGCCUAGAGAACAAAUUAACCAAUUGACUUCUUAUAUUGACGCUUCUCAGGUCUACGGUUUCACCCAAGAGUUCUCGCGAGAACUCAGAAAUCUUACCUCUGAAGAUGGUUUGCUUCGAACUGGUGUUCACUUUCCCAAUCAAAAAGAUAUGUUGCCAUUUGCGGCACCACAAGAUGGUAUCGAUUGCCGACGGAACCUAAAUGACAACAACAUGAAUUGCUUUGUGGCUGGUGAUAUUCGUGCCAACGAACAAGUGGGACUGUUGGCCAUGCAUACAAUUUGGAUGCGAGAGCACAACAGAAUUGCCAUAAAAUUGAAGGAAAUAAACCCACACUGGGAUGGGGACACACUCUACCAGGAAGCUAGGAAAAUCGUUGGAGCUCAGAUGCAGCACAUAACCUAUAAACAUUGGUUGCCUCUAGUGGUUGGCCCCAGUGGAAUGGAGAAAUUGGGAGAGUACAAAGGCUAUAAUCCAUCGAUAAACCCGUCAAUUGCUAACGAGUUUGCUACAGCCGCUUUUCGUUUCGGUCACACGCUCAUUAACCCUAUUCUCCACCGGCUUAACGAAACUUAUCAGCCCAUACCGCAGGGCCAUUUACCGUUACAUAAAGCAUUUUUUGCUCCAUGGCGCAUAGCCUACGAAGGUGGUGUGGAUCCUCUUAUGCGUGGUUUCUUUACUAUUCCUGCCAAACUCAAGAAACCCGAUCAAAACUUAAACACUGAGCUCACCGAAAAGCUGUUCCUUACCCAACAUGCUGUCGCUCUGGAUUUAGCAGCCAUGAACAUUCAACGGGCACGAGAACACGGUAUUCCAGGAUACAAUGAGUAUAGAAAAUUCUGUAAUAUGACAGCAGCGAUGACUUUUGAGGAUUUGUCAGGUGAAAUAAGCAGUGCUGAAGUUAGGACCAAGCUAAAAGACCUGUAUGGACACCCCGAUAAUAUCGAUAUAUUUGUUGGGGGCAUUCUCGAAGACCCUGUCGAGGGUGGAAAAAUAGGUCCACUCUUCCAAUGCAUCAUAGUUGAUCAAUUCAGAAGACUGCGAGAUGGAGAUAGACUUUACUAUGAAAAUCCUUCAGUUUUCCUUCCCGAACAAUUGCAGCAGAUCAAACAAGCAAACUUAGCACGAGCUCUUUGCGACAAUGGUGACAAUAUCAAUGAAAUCACAGAAAAUGUCUUUAUACUUCCAAAAGAGCAGGGAGGCUUCAAGGAAUGUCUUGAUAUUCCCGGUAUAAAUUUAUACUUUUGGCAAGAUUGCGGUAGCUGCGAUGCACUGCCCAAGCUUUUGAAAAGUUAUGUUCCACAAACUUAUCCAUCCCGUCAAAAGAGGUCGUUAACCGAUCAAAAACCAAGAGAAGAAAGUGAUGAAGAACACUGGGAGAUGAAUAGUGAGAGAAUAAUUGGUCUUGAAGAAGUUAUAAGCAGUUUCCAGGCUGAAUUGCAUGAACUUCAAACAAAGGUUAAGACCCUUGAGAAAACAUGUAACUCAUCAAUCAAACCGAAUAAGAAGGCGAGCUGCAUUGAUGAGUCGGGAAAGGUUCGAUUGAAUAACGAGACAUGGGACCAGGACGGAUGUACUAAUUGUAAAUGCAAACGUUCUCAAGUGACUUGCAUUAAAAAGAACGAUUGCAAUAUUUAAAGUAAUAUAAAGACAAAUCAUAAUGAACAAUGUAAAAAAGGGUAGGUACUAUUU